AUGCCCGAUGCGAUGUCGAUACAGGAGGAGUCAGACCAUUUUUCGCCUUACCGAUCGGAUGGAAAGCUCUAUGGUUUCGUGUGUGUUGUCACGGGUGCAAACAUGCCGGUAGGAGGGGCUAUUGUGACAGAGCUAGCAGCUCAUGGCGCAGCAAGCAUCUACGCAUGCACGGCAACAGACCAGCCCAGCGGCUUACAAUCUACACUGUCGAGCCUCUACCCAAACACCAAGAUCAUUGAUUACCCGUACUCCAUUUCGAGCGAGCAAGACACCUUGACUCUAAUCGACGAAGCUCUAAACACAUUCGGCCGACUGGACGUAUGGGUAUGCAGUUCAGGACUCCUUGGCCCGCCGUCAAUCGAUCAGACCACGCCAGCAGACCUGCAAAAAUGCUUCGAAGCAAAUUCACUCGCGCCGUUCUUCGCCCUGAAGUAUGCGCCUCACGCGAUGCAGAAGACCAGCCCCAAGGGAAACUACGCCAAUGCUGCGCCCAAGGAUCGUCGCUACGGGAGUAUUAUUGUCGUGAGCAGUACGGCGAGCACUUACGGCGGCUGCUGGGGACCUUGUUUCACGAUGAGUUCUCACGCUGCGUUGGGUGUAGUCAGGAGUGGUGUUGCCGUGCUCAAGGGGACAGGGAUCAGGAUCAAUGCGAUCUCGCCGGGUCAAAUUGACGUGGGUGUGAGUUUGAAGGACGGUUAUGAUACCCGGGGAUUGGGCAUGGGUCAGCAGUUGCCUCCGGCGGAGCUGCAAAGCCCACAGGCUCAAGCGAUGAACAUUGGUCUCGAAAGAGCAGGUCUACCACAAGAGGUUGGACGUGUUGCUGGUUUCCUUGCCAGUGGCUUCAGUAGCUACAUCACGGGAUCUAAUAUGGUGGUAGAUGGAGGUGCCAGUGUCAUGUGUCCUUUAAUGGUACCCAUAUAG